AUGGAGAAGCCUCCACUACGAUUGCUGUGGCUGUUGCUGUCGGUGCUGUUGUACACAGUAUUCGCAGGCAAAGGCUUCUUCCCGCCUGAGAAUGGGAAGGUGGUGGAGGUAGAUGGCGACUCACUGAUAAAUUUGACUGAGUCGGGGCCUGAGUCUGGAGCCACUAGAAUUGUCCUGUUUUACGCCACUUGGUGCGGCCACUGUGCUCACUUCGCCUCGGAAUACGAGAUGGUCGCUGAGGUUUUCUCAACAGUACCCUCGCUGUCCUUCCUUGCUAUUGAUUGUAAUGAGUAUAGGGAAACCUGUAGAUCAGCAGGCGUCGAUAGAUACCCGACUUUGGUCGGUUAUAGGGAUGGCGAGAAGACCGGACCGGAGUGGGAUCGCCGAAUUCGGGCUGCUGAUUACGUCAAUGAGCAGCUGCCUGAGCGCCUACAGCUCGCCGAAAUACCGACAACUGAGCACCUUAGGGGGGCACCGGUGGAAAUGAAGGAGAGCAAAGGAGAGGGAAAGUCCGAUACGGCAGAGGCUAGAGUGCAUGAUGGAGUCUUGGCUUUCGCUAAUCUGAUGGCGACUGCAGUCUUUCCGGCAGGCCGGGACUCUCUGGAAGGGGAUCGUCUGGAUACCCUUAAGUACGUGGUAUUGCCUACAGUCGCCACCUUGCAUCCCGAUGAGGGCUUUCGUGGAGAGAUAGCCGAUAUUGGAGAGGAAUUGCGGAGUGUUUACUCUCUCGCUCGGGACCAGUGGAUGGCCUUGUUGGCUGAUAAGCCUCUUCUAGGGGGCGAAAUUGCGUUAUCUGAAGCGCUUGCCCCUGAGAGUCAUUGGAAGGUCUGUGGACAACUCAGCUGCGGACUGUGGCAGCUCCUUCAUCACCUUACGUUGGGGGUUGAUCGACCGUAUAAUGGGCAGAAGCACCAGAAUGAUCUGACUGGGGAUCGUACCGGUCUAGCUGCUAUGACGGGGAUUAAAGCCAUCGUAUCGCAGUACUUUGCAUGUGAAGAGUGUAGGAGGCAUUUUGUCGAGGACUAUGAUAAGUGUCUGUACGGCCGCUGUGUGGAUGGUGAUUCGCCCACGAGGGAGGAGACUGUGAUGUGGUUGUGGAGAUUCCAUAAUGCCGUCAAUGGUCGGGUGUUCGCCCACCGAAGUCCUGGGGGGGAUGUCAGGAAGGCUCAGUGGCCGCCAGCCUCUACAUGUCCACCAUGCGUAUCAUCGGCGACAGGAGAAUACUCUGAGAAGAUCGUUUAUCAUUGGAUUGUGCGAACAUACCUUGGGGAUAUGCUCAAGGGUGAGACGCCUUUCACUAUGGCAACAUCACCGCUUCGGACGGUUAUGCUGCUACUGCUCUCUCUCAUCGGAAUCGGUGGGCUCGUCCUUUAUCAACUACACCAGAAGCAGGCAGCAUACAACGAUCGUCUCGGUAAGAAGUACCUCAAGGAGUAG